AUGGCAACAGUUGGUGUUUUGUGGGAACAUGAAUGGAGUAAACAUGGUGUUUGUGCAGCAAGUGAUGAUUCAUUUAUAUUAAAUGAAUUGGAUUAUUUCAAUGUUUCACUUGAGAUCAAAUUGAAAGUGAAUUUAAUGAGGUAUUUCACUAAUGAAUUGGCUUUAAUUGUACCGGAUGUUGUUCAUGAUCCAACACUGCCUCGAACAGAAGAUCACAUAUGUCGUCGAUGCGGUAAACAAGAAGCUGUAUUUUUUCAAUCACAAACAUUGAAAGCGGAAGAAAAUAUGCGUUUAUAUUAUGUUUGUACCAAUGUUGAAUGUUUACAUAAAUGGACUGAAUAG